CACUAUUAUGUGCAUGGCUUCCCAGAAACGGAAAUUCAGUCGUUUAUUAAAGAGGGUGGAGAAAUGCCACUUACAGAGGUCUUCAGACAUGUGGACAAAGAGAACACAUGGCAGAACUGGUUUUUCUGCAUAUUCCCAUGUCUGUCAUGUCUACGCCGCGAUGCACCCAGUGAUACUCAAAUUCUUCGACUGGUAUAUAUUUUACAAUAUUUUUCUGCUGUUAUAA